AUGGUGCACAUCGAUCCGAAGAAGCACAACACCAUCCUCGCGGAUGCGGUGUGGCGCCUCGAGGCGCAGCUUGGACACGUUGCAUUUUCCGCACGCUACCACCAGCUCCCAAGGAGGAUCGAAGACGACUACACAAUAACGACCGAGGUGUUGGGCUCCGGCAUGAACGGCAAAGUGAUGUCUGCCAUCCGCAAGGGCUGCCACUCUGGCCAGAUGUACGCGGUGAAGUCUUUCAGCCUGAAGCAGGUGGCCCUCAAGAAGCGCAAGCAGUUCGCCGCCGAGGCCGAGCUCUUCCUGUGCAUGGACCAUCCGAACGUUUGCCGCCUGUAUGACGUCUACGAGUCCUCCGACUAUUUGCACCUGGUGAUGGAGCAGUUGGACGGAGGGGAACUGUUCGACCGCAUCAAGACGCAGAAGGUCUUCUCGGAACACGAGGCAGCCGAGGCGUCCGGCGCGUCCCAGCCGGGGUCAGAGGCAGAGGCCGAGAGGCUGCAAGGGGGGCGCUCGGAGACGAGGUGUUCCUGGAACAGCCCUGCUCAAGCCAAUGUGACCAGUGGAGCCUCGGUGAGCUGCGGGACAGAGCUCGCGCAGGCUGAGUACGCGCCGGCGUCCUUUGCCGAUUGCAGGACGCACAACGGCAAGGUGUAUCCUACUUACGAGGAGACGCUACGGGCCACGGGCCAAUUCGUCCGCGACGACGAAGCCCACGCCGUGCUCGACGAGCUCAUUGCGCUCCGGUACACUGCAGCCCAACUUCGCUUCGCGUUCCUGGUUCUACUCGAACAAGAUGCCGCCCCCGUGUCUCUCUACCGCAAGUACGAACGACCGCUUAUGAAGGGCUUCCUGGACCGAGCCACCUGGCUGCAGAACGGCAACAGCGACGAAAAUUGGAAGCUGGGCGAGAUCACUGACGGGGCUCCCGCCGACGCUACCGCAGGGCCCCCCUCAGAUACUACAACGCCUACCCCCACCCCGACGACCGCUCUGCUCGCCCGCAUUCGCCAAUGCCCCGGGCAACGCACAGCUUACGACCACAUUCUCACUUGCUGCCACCGGCGUCGCGAAGCCUUCGUGUUUGUGGAAGGCCGCGCGGGCACAGGGAAGACUACGUUGGCUACCUGCCUCACGCAAGCUCUCGAAGCCGAUGGGCCCCAGGUACUCAACGUGGCUGCCACAGGGCAGGCCGCCCUCUUGCAGCCUCACGGCGCCACGGCACAUUCCGCCUUCGCCAUUCCAGUGCACGACGACGCCGAACUCACGUGCUCUUUAUCAAUGACGUCGGCCCAAGCCAUUACAAUUUGCAAGGCCACUUUGAUCCAGUGGGAUGAAUUCCCUUCUGCAAGAAAAGCAGCGUGGGACGCCGUUAUUGCAUUGCUGCGCGCACUCGCCGAUCGUUACCCGGACACAUACGUCCCGAAGACCUUCGUCGGAUACGGGGACUUCAGGCAAAUCCCACCAGUCGUCCCCAAAGGGACUCGGCAAUCCAUCGUCUCCAGCAGCGUCCGCUCCUCGGCUUCAUGGCCCCAGUUCGCCAUUUUCACGUUGGACCGAGUGCACCGCCAGGCAGACGAUCGGCAUUUCGCAGCAUGGCUGGACACCAUCGGCUCCGGUGACGCGCCGACGAUAACCAACCAUACAGGCAGCCCUGGCUACAUCAAGCUGCACGACAUCGCCACCGUCCCAUCCGAAGACGACGCCCUCAAGUACUGCUUCCCCGCGCCGAAUGACCCGCACCAGUGCGCCGAAUCCAAAGUUCUCGCCGUCCUCAAUUCUCUCGUGGACGCCUACAACGAACGCAUGCUGAACCUGCUGGUGCGCACCUACCAGUGCCCUUCGUAUCGUGCCCUCAGCGCGGACACGCUCGACAUCGAUGCCGCGGGAGCAGUUGAACAACACAUCACCGCCGAAUUCCUCAACCUCCAGACCUCCCCCGGCGCUCCCCCCCACUGUCUGCACCUCGUGGAAGGGGCCCUCUACGAACUGAUGCGGAACUUCAACCCAAAAGACCGCCUCAUGAACAGGGUCCCCGUGAUACUUCGCAAAGUCCACACUCACCACGUGCUGAUAGAGACCCUCGACGGUCGGGCAUUCCCCCUCCCACGGAUCACUUUUCGAUGGCAGAUCGUCAACGGCACUUCCACGAUGGCUCGUCGACAGUACCCUUUACGACCAGCUUAUGCAUCCACCUACAACUCUGCACAAGGACGUACCCUAUCCAGGAUGGUGCUGGACGUGCGCCACAACCCGUUCAGCCACGGCCAUCUGUAUGCCGCCCUCACCCGGGUGCGGCACCGCUCUGAUAUUCGUGCGCUCGCUUCGCCCGACCACGUGGACACAGACGGCUGGGCCAUCGUGAAGAACACUGUUUGGCCUGAGCUGUUGUUGGCCGUACCCACGAAGAGUUCCAGGCGACUCGCCCAGCCAUGA